CUUAAGACGUAAUGCCAGACCAACAGGAGGACAACGUAGUGCUAACAUGAUGUUGCCUUAAUUAUAUCUGACCGGAUGUUUCGAGAAUAACAACGUAUGAUGUGCUAUGCAUGAGACAUUACGACACUCUUUUUAUUAAAUAUUAAAGAAUACAAUGACACACGAUACAGAAAAUACGUUUUAUGAUGCUAAAAACAACAACUGUGACAGUAGGAGGUAGUUGUUAAUGAUGUCAAUCAAUCGGUAGGAUAUUACCUUAUUUGGUGUUGCCACGACGACAACGCUACUUAUAAAUCAUGAUGGGUAAGAAGGAAGUUAGUUUGACGGAGAAGUGUGAUAUGAACAAGAUGUUAGACAAGAGUGGAGAUGUUGGUAUCAGCGAAUCAGUAGAUAGCAAACAAAUGAUCACUCACCCCUCAGGAGCAACACAUACACAUUGGCAAGAUAAACAGAAAAUGGAAUUGACGCUUCCUAAGAAAGAUCCCAUACAAAAUCAGUUUUUGGACUCAAGAGAUCCAAGUGGGGAAUUUGAAUUUGAUGAUGUUUUUGUCGAUGAUUCAGAUCAUGGGAAAGAAAAACGAUCUCUUGAUAGCGAUUCUGGAUUCAAAAGGAGGCUCACACAUCCAGCAUUCACAAUUAUCCAACAAGAAGAUCGGGAGAUGUCACCAAAUAUCAGUAGUGACAGCAUGGCUUCUGGGAGCCCAGCAUCUCCUGUGGAGCAUUCUGGGAUAGAUAUUAACAUCACAAGUGAAUCUCCUUUAAUGACUUUAGACAGUCUUGCGCCUGGGUAUCACACGCCAUCUCCAUUGUCACGCUCCCCUGAUCCAUCAUGUCUCAGUGUAGAAACAACAUCAACAAAGCUCUCACCUUAUGGGUCUCCAAGCUCGUCAUUUUCUGGGAGUCUCCACGCUGCAAAGUCAGACUCUGAUUUAACGAAUCUAGAAAAAGAUGAACAGAUUGCUGAUAUUGAAGCUAGUCAAAUUCGUAGUGAUGUAUCUCCAUCAAGAGAUAGUCACUCGGACUCAAGUCGAUCUAUGGCUGUACCAAAAUCUAAUCAAAAUGUUUACUAUAAAAAAUACUUGCGUAAUCGCUACAUAUCAAGCCAGAGUGAAAAUAAUGAAGCAGAUGUAACUAUGACAACAACAGAGCCUUGCUCAAAUGAAACAGUAAAUCCUAAAACCUUCAGUAAUGAACCAAGCAAAUUGACAGUCACAGUUCAGGAAGUUAUUGAAGAAAAGCAUACUCCCAUGGAACAUGCUUUAGAUCUUAGUUCUGUACGGAGCGAGUACCUAAGGAACAUUCCAGAAGAAGGUGAAAAGUUGAACGUGGAUACAAUCAAUAUUAAACAGGAGAAAAAGUGGCAAGGGGAACCAUUGACUAUAUCUCCAACAGCAGAAUGUAAACCUAUUGUGCCAUUUAGCCCAGCCUGGAAGAGCCCCCAUCCUAGUCCAAGUAUGCUCCCUAGUCCAAGUCUCCUUCCCAGUCCUUUCCACCAAUCAAGUUUCAUGGUUCGCAAUUGGUUAAGCAACCUUGCCACUCCCUCCCCAUUAACUUCUGAUUUUGGGUCGCCACGUUUUACUUUCGGUGAUCCACGUACACCAAGUAGUGGUAGUAAACAGGGUAAUGUGUUUCAAUUUCACACGGGGCAUCGCCCAGGCGAUCAUUUACCUCAGAGCCCUCUUUUGUCGGACAGUGGGAUGGCUUCCCCACGUACCCCAUCCAACAUGGCCUACUGUCCAUAUAGUCCCGCUAGACAACAAGAGAGAGUCACGCGAGAUCCACGUAUGAGCUAUUUAUGUCCAGUAUGUCAGCAACUGUUUCCUUCAUAUGACAACUUGGCUAAGCAUAUGGCGAAACAUCUCCCGACUGAAACUGUGAAAACUGGAGACAGCAAUAAGAUACAUUAUUGCAAGGUGUGCAAUCGUGCCUUUUCUAGAAGUGACAUGUUGACGAGACACAUGCGUCUCCAUACAGGCUUAAAACCGUACGAGUGUAAAGUGUGCGGGCAGGUUUUCAGUCGAAGCGACCAUCUCACCACGCAUCAGCGCACACAUACAGGGGAGAAACCGUAUAAGUGUCCACAAUGUCCGUACGCAGCAUGCAGACGUGACAUGAUCACACGUCACAUGCGGAUCCAUAACAAGCAACCUGGCAAGAAGCAGUUACAGCGGAGUGCAUCAGGGCCAAGUGUCGUGGACACUCGUAAAGACUCUUUAUCAAGUGUAGACUCGGGCACCAGUUCAAGUGCUCUUAGUAUGCGUACUUCUCCAUUCUCUAGCAUCGAUAAGGAUCAAUUAAUCGAGCAUAUGAAAAGUGUGGAAAGUGAGGGUAUGAAAUCGUUGGAUAAAUCUGAAUCUGUUCAGUGUGAUUCGACAUUAGCACCUAGCAAGACAAAAUAUAUGGACAUUCCGAAGUUUAAACGCUGGUCAGCCUCAACUGAAAGCUCAACUGGUAGUGUUGAUCCGCUACUAAGUCCUAGGCUCAAAAUGUGGCAUUCAGCAGAUACCACAUCAUCCGUUCUUGAGGAACCUGGUCAAUACUUGAGUUUGAGUCCUCGCUUAAAGCGGCCACAACCCAGGAAUUGGUCCAUUAAUAGCUUCGAAAGCGCACAUUCAGAUCCCUUCCCUCACACGCAGAGAUCGGUAGACACAAGCACUGAUGGCGGCUCAGAAUCUGUACAUAAAGAAAAACGAGGUGUUCAACUUAGGAAAUGGUCUAGUGCGAAUGAACCUAGUGUUUUCGUGCAUCCCUGCUCUCCAAAGGCACAACAUGAGGAUGUUUUCACGAGCGGCUGGUCCAAACAACAUGCUUGGUCUUCAUCUAGUGAAAACUUAAACAUGGCCGCCAGGCAACGUGCAUGGCGAGAACAACGUGAUCGACUCUCUUCAAACUCGACAACUGGUGGGGAAUCAGACACACAUUUAAAGCCACAUUCAAUUUCGAGCUCUGCGAGUUUUGAGAGUGAGCGGGGUAAGGGCUCGUCACUUGACUGUGAUGAACAGGGCGUCAAUAUAAAACAAUGCACCCUAAGCUCAAGUGUUGACCUGAGUACUGCUUCGUAAAUCCUGAUCCUUGAUGAUGCGGCUUGAACACCUUGCUUUUCCAGAGAUCGAAAAAUCAUUGCUUACAUUGGAAACAUGGUGUCAUAUGGGAGACAUAGUGUCAGUAGAGAAGAUCCCUGGAUGUCUGAAAAGCAUGGUGUCAAAUAAGCACAUCUGUUGAAGGGUAUAAAUAAUUUGGCAAAUGAUGAGAAUGAAAUUCAAGUAUUUUUAUGUAUUAUAAGUAAUAUUACACUGUGUAUAUGAAUGUUUAACUUAAUUGAUUCGAGUUUAUGAGCUGAUCUUUUUAAAUAUGAAUUUAUUCAUAAAGUUUCUGCUAUUUUUAGCCUUUUUAAAGAAUCGAUUAUUGAAAAAAAUGUGCAAGCAAUUUUGAGAAAAAU